GCUGUGACCUCCCUUCUCCCUUUCCUGGCAGUCUUCCUCAGAGUCCGCGGCGAGGCUUCCCGGACGAGCCACACGCCGGUCCGCCUGGUUUACCCGAUAAUUUUGGAAACUGAUACCUAGGAAAUGGCUGGACGUCACAUGACCAUCCAAAGAAGAGCAUAGGUUCUACAGGGACACUCUGUUUUGAAAUAACUCACUGCCACAAUGUCGGCAUUCCCUGCGUGUGGUAGGAACGAUAGCGAUGUCCUCGGCAGUCCUCCCCUCCCCAGGAGUUCCACGCCGAGGGUCCCCGCCCAGAGCAGCCGACUACAGCCGCAUCUGAAGUCGGAUGUGUCAGAAUGUGAAAAUGAUGAUUCGUUAUUGAGAUCUGCGAGUAAAAUCAGAGACAUCAAUAGUACUUACGUUAUCUCUGCCUGUAAGAAAACAGGAGAUAGGCCCCUAAGCCCUAAGCCUGCAGGGAGAUUGACACUUCAGAGAAGAGUCACAAAGAACAAAGAAGCAUCUUUGCUUUGUAGUGAGUUGGGAGACUCCACUGAGAAAACAGCAGAAACACGUCUUACAUUACAACGUCGCGCUAAAGCAGAGUCUGUGGGAAAGUGGAAAACAACACAGAACGUGGGGGGUGAAACAGGAAAUAAUUGUGCUCCACGGGAACCUUGUACAAAUGUAAAGAUUGUAAAUAAUUAUAAGAUCUCCUCUGUUGCAUCUUCUGUACCUUUAGCUGAAGACCCAAAAGAUGUUGAAAUGACGGCUGAUGAAAAAUGCAAAGAAACGUUUUCUACCCUCAGUGGGGCAAAUGAAAAUGCUGCCCUUAAGUACUUAAGUAACAGAGCACCCACUGGUUCCCAGAGUCAGGUUGUCAUUAGAUCUGGACACUCAGCUGCCAAACCUCUUCAGAGCAAGUCGGACAGCAAAGUGUCAGGAACGGGAAACUUACACCAUAGGAGUACUGGGAAGGAUAUUGCAAAAACUCCAAAUAAAUUUGAAAGCUUAGAAAAAAGAACACCUACGAAAUGUAUUACAGAACACAGAUUGACACCGAAGGGCGGUGUGUUUCAGCUUAAGAGCCCAGCCGAGUCCAUGCUGAAACAUCGGAUGCCGAGCCUUCAAGUUAAACACAAGCCGAAAAAUUCUCUUCUUGCAAACAAAAAGGAGGGGUCCCAAGAAAAUACACUCCCUCCUGAAGGAGAAACUGCAGUUCAGAACGCCGCUCCAGAGACAGACCCCUUGAAAGUAGAGAACAGUCAAGUGACAGUGGCGGUCCGUGUCAGGCCCUUCAGCCAGAGAGAGAAGAUGGACAAAGCAUCCCAGGUGGUCUUCUUGAACGGGGACGAGAUAGCCGUGGAGCACCCCGACAUGAAACAAGUGUACACUUUUAGUUACGAUGUUUCGUUCUGGUCUUUUGACGACCGUCAUCCUGACUACGCCAGCCAGACGGCUGUCUAUGAGGCCCUGGCCGCCCCGCUCCUGCAGCGGGCCCUGCAAGGCUACAAUACGUGUCUCUUCGCCUACGGUCAGACCGGCUCUGGGAAGUCCUACACGAUGAUGGGACUUAGUGAAGAACCAGGAAUAAUUCCAAGAUUUUGUGAAGAUCUUUUUGCUCAAGUAACCAAAAAGCAAACCCAAGAGAUCAGCUAUCACCUGGAGAUGAGCUUCUUUGAAGUGUAUAAUGAAAAAAUUCAUGACCUGCUGGUUUGUAAAGGUGAAAAUGGGCAGAGAAAGCAACCACUGAGAGUGAGGGAGCAUCCUGUCUCUGGACCGUACGUCGAGGCCCUGUCGCUGAAUGUUGUCAGUUCUUACUCUGAUAUCCAGAGUUGGCUGGAGUUGGGGUGCAAACAGAGGGCCAGCGCCGCCACUGGCAUGAACGACAAAAGCUCCCGCUCCCACUCGGUGUUGACCCUGCUGAUGACCCGGACCAAGACGGAAUCUGUGGAAGGGGAGGAGCACGACCACAGGAUCACGAGCCGCAUGAACCUCGUAGACCUGGCCGGCAGCGAGCGCUGCGCUGCGGCUCACACUUGUGGAGAGCGACUGAAGGAAGGCGUGAGCAUUAACAAGUCCUUGUUGACUUUGGGAAAGGUUAUUUCUGCCCUCUCUGAACAAGCAGGCCGGAAGAGCGUCUUUGUUCCUUACCGUGACUCUGUGCUUACCUGGCUGUUGAAAGAAAGUCUGGGUGGAAACUCAAAGACCACAAUGAUCGCCACGGUCAGUCCCGCUGCCAGCAACAUUGAGGAAACGCUGAGCACACUGCGGUACGCCAGCAAAGCCCGCAUGAUCAUCAACGUCGCCAGAGUGAACGAAGAUGUGAAUGCUAGGUUAAUCAGAGAGUUGAAAGCAGAAAUUGAAAAGCUAAAAGCUGCUCAAAGGAACAGUCGGACUAUUGACCCUGAACACUAUAGGCUCUGUCGGCAAGAAAUAACAUCCUUAAGAAUGAAACUGUAUCAACAGGAGAGAGACAUGGCAGAAAUGCAAAGAAUGUGGAGGGAGAAAUUGAAACAAGCUGAAAAAAGAAAACUUCAAGAAACAGAGGAGCUACAGAAAGCAGGAAUCACAUUUCAAAUGGACAACCAUUUGCCAAACCUUGUCAAUCUGAACGAGGAUCCUCAGCUAUCGGAGAUGCUAUUAUAUAUGAUAAAAGAAGGCACAACUACAGUUGGGAAGCAUAAGCCAAACUCCAGCCACGAUAUUCAGUUGUCCGGGGUGCUGAUUGCUGAUGAUCAUUGUACUAUCAAGAGUUUCGAUGGGACGGUGACUAUCGUCCCAGUCGGGGAAGCGAAGACGUAUGUAAACGGAAAGCGUAUUUUGGAGCCCACAGUGUUACAUCAUGGUGAUCGGGUGAUCCUUGGCGGAGACCAUUAUUUUAGGUUGAACCAUCCGGUGGAAGUCCAGAAAGGACCAAGACCAUCCGGCAGAGAUACUCUUACGAGCGAGGGGCCAAAAGACUUUGAAUUUGCAAAAAAUGAGCUGCUCCUGGCACAGAGAGCACAACUCGAGGCAGAAAUAAAAGACGCACGGUUGAAAGCCAAGGAAGAAAUGAUGCAAGGAAUCCAGAUCGCGAAAGAAAUGGCUCAGCAAGAGCUUUCUUCUCAAAAAGCCGCAUAUGAAGGCAAAAUAAGAGCGCUGGAGGCAGAAUUGAAAGAAGAGUCUGAAAGGAAGAAAAUGCAGGAAAUAACUAACCAAAAGGCUCAUCACAAAAUUGAGGAGUUAGAAAAGGCAAAGCAGCUGCUGGAGCAGGAGAUAUGUGUCAACAGGAAGCGGUUAGAGAUGGAGACUCUGGCUACGAAACAGGCCUUAGAAGACCACAGCAUCCGCCAUGCAAGAAUUCUGGAAGCUUUAGAAACGGAGAAGCAAAAAAUUGCUAAAGAAGUACAGAUUCUACAACAAAGUCAGACUAAUAGGGAUAAAACUUUUACAAUUCAGCUGAACUGGCGCUCCAUGAAACUCUCGAUGCUGAUUCAGGAGGCCAACGCCAUCAGCAGCAAGCUGAACAAGUGUUAUGUGUUUGCCAGACAUGACAUAGCAGAUAAAGGAAGUGGUCCUGACACUUCUGUUCAGGUUCGUAACCUGCGACUGGGGAUCUCCACUUUCUGGAGCCUGGAGAAGUUUGAAUCUAAGCUUGCGGCAAUGAAAGAACUUUACGAGAGUAAUCCUGGUAACAAGAGUGAAGAUGUCUUUUGUGAUCCUGAAGAUGAAUGGGAGCCUGACAUUACAGAUGCGCCAGUUUCUUCGUUUUCUAGAAGGAGGAGCAGGAGUUUGAUGAAGAACAGAAGAAUUUCUGGCUGUUUACAAGACAUACAAGCCCACUCAAUUCAGAACAUGCAUUCUUCACAUUCAUCAGGUUUGCUGGAGAAAUCAAGCACCAUUUACUCGAAUUCAGCAGAAUCGUUUCUUCCUGGAAUCUGCAAAGAAUUGAUUGGUUCAUCAUUAGAUUUUCUUGGACAGAGUUAUAAUGAAGAACAAACGAUGGCAGACAGCCUGAUUAAUAAUUUUCUUAAAAUUGACGACGGGCUACUUGCCAUUUCCAAAGCUCACGAAGAACAAGAUGAAGACAGUCCGUGCAACCUGUUCUCUUCAGAUCGAGCAACCCAGUCCUUCACGAUCCAGGUGGCAGGUGCCUUCGAGCAGCUGGUGGUGCUGACCACACACUGGCUGAGUGACUCUGUGUCUUGCACCAGCACAGCCAGCCUUGGGGAUGAAUUGAGACAAGAAGUUAAAAAUCUUGGAGGCUACUUGCAGUUAUUUUUGCAGGGCUGCUGUUCCGACAUUUCCUCAAUGGUGAAGGAGGCUCGGAAGGAAGUAACCCAGAUUGUACAAGGAGCUGUAAAGUCUGUGGGACAGCUGGCGGCUCUGAAGGGGAGCCAGCUCCGCUUUCUGGAAGGCAGUCUCAGUAAGGCUGCCGGCGUCCGGGAGGAGUUCGUGGACGCUGUUUGCGAGGGUGUGGGCGUGGGAGUGAAGACUCUCCUGGAUUCUGGACUAGAAAAGGCGAGGGAGCUGCGGCAGGAAGUGUUGAUGCAGUGCGCCCAAGAUGAGGCCACGGAGCAGCUGAGCGCCCGUGCCGUGCGGCUGAUUGGGUCUCUUGAAAACAUCUUUGCUGAAUGGAGAACAAAAAGCUUCAGAACUCACGUACAAGAAGAAAGUUCCGGAUACCAAGAUUUGAAGAAGAUGCUUCAUCUUGCCCCGGAAUUCCUGAAGUUAAAGCAGUGCUUGGAGCAAACUGUUGAGAUGGUCAUUUCUGCGCUGAGAGGCUGCCGCGGUGACGUCGGUCUCCUCAGGAGGCGCCUGGAGAGCCUCUGCAGCCUGGCCAGGGGCCUUCGUGACGACUCCCGUCUGUGCGCCGCUUCUGCCGCCGGCCCUGAAAGCAGCGACCCUCAGGCCGACCCCCGGGAACUGGAGUCGCUAGCCAGCUCACUCCUCUUCUCUUUCGAAGCUGGAGAAAGGCCUGACUUGCUGAGACCCUGGGAAGUUUGUCAUCAGAAAACCAGAGCAGGAGGAGCAGGGCCCGCCUCGGGCGGGAGCACAGGCGUGCCGACGCGCGUCUCCGAGCUGCACGGCGCGGCCCCCGCCCGGAGGGUGCAGUGGGUGUGAGUGCUGCGUGCGGGCCCUGUGAGCGCGCGUGUGGCGUGCACGCACUGGGGGAUUCUGCCUGGGCGACGUGGGGCAGACGCUGGAGGAGGAGUCCUGUAAGACGCGCCCCUGCCCUUUGCCUCUGCGCCCGCAGACAGCACUUGCACGCCCGGCGUCCUGAGUGAGCGCGCGUUCCCGGGAGGCAGGGAUGCUGGACCAAGGCGGUCGCUGCAGGGCGCCGCUGCCAAUGCGCCGGGUGCCUUCCAGGAGCUUCACCGCGGGCCACGCCCCAGCUGGCUCGCAUUUCCUGUGGCACUGGAGCCGGGGUGCUCGCUCAGGUUCCCUGUGUGUUUCUGAUCGUCCGCGCCCCGCCGAGUGGAACUUCCGCCGUCAAGUUCUAGAGGUGGAGAGGGUCGUGGAAGGACGCUUCCCGAAGCUCGCACCUCCUCGCAGGGCUUCCUGAGGCUGCAGUGUGAGACUUCUCCUGCUACUGUUCCGUGUUCAAUCUUUUCUUCCUGCUUCCAAACUCAUGGCUUCGUUGGUCAGAAACCUUUUCGUGUCUUUGUAGUUUUGUAUACAUAUAUUUAUAUUCUUAAGUAAAUUGUCAUGCAGUAUUUGAAUGGUGAAAACGUAUUAUUAAAAUUAUGUGCAGUAAUAAACGUUAGAAAGAGAAUACCUUUAAUAAAGCUUGUCA